AUGUUUACAACGCGCCGCAUGAAGAAUAUUAUUUCACCAACCAGCAAUGUGCCAAAGCCGCUUCGCAGAAGCCGCCGCUCAAAUGCUGAGGUCUAUGAUAGCCUUGUAAUGGCCAACCAGCAUGCCGACCGUAUCGGGUCGAUAUCGAGGCCAUCGCCUCCACCGGUAUCAUGUUUUGAUUUCAGCCACAUGUCAGAUAAGAAUGAGGAGGCCAAGCUUAUGAACAGAACUAUGCUAGGCAACAUCAAGUUCAGCGCCGCAUUCAAGGCAUCUCCUCGAAUAAACCUCAUCGAAGCAGCCAAGACCACCACACCAGAAAUCCCAGAGUCGGCAACUCUCAAAGCGUCAGCCAAGGCAGCCCCGAAACUUCGCCAUGUUCGAGUAUAA